AACCACUCUCCCAACUCACUGUACGUACUCCCCGGGCAUAGAGAAUCCUCAGAAUCACACGCCGUCGUAUCUUGCGAUCCCAACGACCCGUUGAAGCUCUGCCGGAAUCAUACUAACCUUAUCUGCCCAUCUCUAGAAUAUCUACUCAUUCUGACAUCUCAUCCUCACACAAUGCCUCCUACCGAUGUACCACCACCCCUCGAUGGGAAGAAGCGCAGGAUCGGCGUCAUGACGUCCGGCGGUGAUGCGCCUGGUAUGAACGGCGCUGUGCGCGCUGUCGUCCGCAUGGCCCUUUUCAGCAACUGCGAAGCUUUCGCCAUCUACGAAGGCUACGAAGGCCUCGUUCAAGGCGGAGAUAUGAUCAAAGAGAUGAACUGGGAGGAUGUCAGAGGCUUCUUAGCCGAAGGAGGUACUAUCAUCGGCACCGCACGAUGCAUGUCCUUCAUGGAACGAGAGGGUCGGAGAACUGCUGCCAAGAACAUGAUACUGAAAGGUAUCGAUGCUCUAGUCAUCUGCGGUGGAGACGGAAGUCUCACGGGCGCCGACAGGUUCCGCGACGAGUGGCCAAGUCUCAUCGAAGAGCUCGUGGAGAGAAAGGAGCUCACCUCCGAGCAGGUUGCACCGUUCAAACACCUAAACAUCGUCGGCCUCGUUGGCUCAAUAGACAACGAUCUGAGCAUGACUGAUGCUACCAUUGGAUGCUACAGCUCACUGGCCAGAAUUUGCGAGGCCAUCGAUUCCGUUGACACCACUGCCACGAGCCAUCAACGCGCUUUCGUCGUGGAAACCAUGGGAAGGCACUGUGGCUGGCUCACGCUGAUGGCUGGCGUAGCUACCGGAAGUGACUUCAUCUUCAUUCCAGAGAAGCCAGUUGAGGACGGGUGGGAGGACAAUAUGCUUUCCAUCGUCAAAAAGCACCGCCAGUUGGGCAAACGCAAGACUAUUGUGAUUGUAGCCGAAGGGGCCAUUGAUGUUCACCUCAACAAAAUCACACCCACUCAGAUCAAGGACAUUCUUUCCAAAGCCGGAUUGGACACCAGGGUUACUACACUUGGACACGUACAAAGAGGAGGACAGCCUGCCGCUUACGAUAGAAUGUUGUCUACACUUCAGGGCGUGGAAGCAGUCAAAGCUGUUCUGGAAGCCACCCCUGAGACCCCAUCCCCUGUUAUUUGCAUGAUCGAGAACAAGAUUGUGCGUCGCCCAUUGCUCGAAGCCGUGGCCCAAACCAAGGAGGUUGCCAAGGCAAUCGAAAGCAAGGACUUUGAAAAGGCCAUGCGCCUCCGAGACGCUGAAUUCGCCGAAUACUACCGUUCAUACCAGAUUACAACUUCUGCGGAUCAGCCCGAGCUCAAGCUACCAGAGGAGAAGAGAUUGCGCAUUGGUAUCAUUCACGUCGGAGCUCCUGCAGGAGGCAUGAACGCCGCCACUCGUGCUGUUGUAGCAUACUGUUUAGCAAGGGGUCAUACACCCAUUGCACUUCAUAACGGUUUUCCGGGGCUUAUUCGACAUCACUCUGAUGAGCCCAGGGGAGCAGUGCGGGAGAUUGACUGGCUUGACGCUGACGGUUGGGCUAACAAGGGCGGUUCAGAGAUCGGUACGAACCGUGGAUUGCCCAGCGAAGACAUCGAGACGGUUGCAUUUGUGUUCAAAAAAUACAACAUCCAAGCGUUGUUUGUGGUAGGAGGUUUCGAAGCCUUCACCGCGGUCAGCGAAUUGCGCAAAGGCCGUGAGCACUACAAGGCCUUCAAAAUACCCAUGGUCAUUCUGCCAGCUACAAUCUCUAACAAUGUCCCCGGUACUGAGUACUCGAUUGGAUCCGAUACUUGUCUCAAUGCUUUGAUUGAAUACUGCGAUGCUUGCCGACAGUCCGCAUCUGCUUCACGCCGACGUGUCUUCGUCAUCGAAACCCAAGGUGGAGAGUCCGGCUAUAUUGCCACAGUGGCCGGUCUUUCCAUAGGCGCAUUCGCAGUGUAUACUCCAGAAGACGGAAUUAAUCUCAAGAUGCUCGAUCGUGACAUUGAUACUCUGGGAGAUGUCUUCCGAAGAGACAAGGGGCAAAAUCGCGCAGGCAAGGUUAUUCUUGUGAACGAGAAAACCAGCAAGACAUAUAGUGUUCAAAUUAUCGCGGACAUGAUUGCAGAGGCUGGCAAGGGCAAGUUUGAGAGCCGUCACGGUGUGCCUGGGCACUUCCAACAAGGCACCACGCCUUCACCUAUGGACCGCGUUCGUGCUGUGAGGUUUGCCUUCCGCUCACUGGAACACCUUGAGUCAUUCGCCGGUAUGGAUAUUGAAGAAAUUGACGACGACCCAAUGAGCACUGCUGUGAUCGGAAUCAAGGGUGCCAAAGUUCUCUUCUCCCCCAUGGAGAAUAUCGAAAAGAAGGAGACCGAUUGGCAUCGUCGCCGCCCCAAGAACGAGUUCUGGAUGGAUCUGAAGCAAUAUGUGAACAUUCUUAGCGGACGUCCAUCGCAGGCCAAGGAGUAGACGUUCAGUUUUUUGGUAGCCUUUUUGUCCUUUCUUGUAGUUUUGUGAUUUUCUUGCACGAUUUGAUGAUAGAUGGCGAUAUGAUAUUCC